UUAGCAGCUGAUAAAGAUAGCGGUAUAGAUGAUAAAAAUAGUAUUAAAAAUCAAGUUACAAUUUUAAAAAAAUUGCAAGCAUGUGAAUGUAUUCUUAAAUAUUUUGGUUUAACUGCAGAAGAUAGGCUUAAAUUGAGAUUGGCCCUUGACAUUGCUAGAGGAUUAAAUUUCUUGAGAACUGUUUCGAUCGUAAGAGCAGAGAAUAUCUUAAUUACAAUUCAUGAAGCUGCCAAAAUUGCAAAUUUUAAAUCAAGUCGAUCAGUAUCCGAAAGAACAAGAAAUCAAAAAGUCACUCUAGAAUUUGUACGGUAUUGCGCCCCAGAAAUAUUACUAAAUGGUGAAAAACAUAAAUAUGAUACCAAGUGUGAAGUUUAUAGUUUUGAGCAAGUUUGCAUCAAAAAUUAUCGUGAACCAUUUUCUCAUAGUUCUUUUUUACCAAGUGAAUACCAGGAACUCUCAAUCAAUGCUGUUCAUUACGAUCAUAAAUUUCGACCUCAAUUUUCAAAGAUUUUUACCAUACUACAAGAUCUUAAAAAGAAAGGUUGUGGACCACCUCCUGUGCCAAAUCGUCUAGAUACUUCCGACUCUAACUCUCUUAAAUUGUCAGAUGAAGAAGUAAAUAAAUUAUGA